CCACAUCCGCCAUGCUUGCCCUGCGAAACCUUGCCCGCUCCGCUCCGCGGUCUGCCGCACGUCUAUCUACGAAAGCUAUCCGCCCGCAACUCUCCCUAUUCAGGCCAGUCGCAGCGCUCCAGCCGUCGUGGGCGCAGUCAGUUCCCCGUCUUGCAGCUUCUUUCCACCUCUCGGCUGUGCGGAGACAAGAAUCAGAUGUCAAAGAGGAGCUCGUCGCAAAGCUUCAGAAUGAGAUCACCAUGGAGGAGGAUAUGAAGGAGGACGAGGAUCUUUCUGCCAACAUCAAGGAAUAUCUCGAGAACAGCCCCUACGAGAUCGAGGACAAGCCCGGCCACCAGGAAGUCAUCCUGACCCGAACCUUCGGUGACGAGAAGAUCCGCAUCACAUUCACCACCGCCGACCUGAACAGCAACGCCCCCAGUGAAGAGAUGACCGACUCUGCCAUGUACGACAACGAUGUUGACGAUGUCAUCGGCGACACCCAGUCCGGCGGAGCCAACACUAAGGGCGCAAUCAACCAGGGGAAAACACAGGAUGGCAAUAUUCGCGUCGCGCCCGAGGACCAGAUUGCGCCGGCGGACCGCGAGGAGCUGGAUGACGAGUACGAUGAGGGAGGCCAGCAGCAAGGUUUCCCCGCCCAUGCCACCAUCCGUAUCGAGCGGCCCGGCAAGGGUGCCCUUGCGAUCGAGGCUACUGCUCAGGACGGCGACUUCUUAAUUGAGGACCUCUGGUACUUCCCGUCGUCCGACCUCGCCGACCCUGCGACCGCAGAGAAGGACUGGCAACGGCGGACGCUGUACACUGGCCCUCCAUUCAGCAACUUGGACGAGGACCUCCAGAUCCUGCUCGAGAAGUACCUUGAGGAGCGUGGCAUCAACACCCGUAUGGCGCUGUUCAUCCCCGAUUACAUUGACCACAAGGAGCAGAAGGAGUACAUUAGGUGGUUGAAUAACGUCAAGGGCUUCGUUGAGUAAGAUGCCAUGUUAGGUGCUAAUGGUUCUUGGAGACUCUUCUCCUUUGUAUUAUCUCUCGUCCUCUAGUAACUUCUUGGAGGUUUGGGCGUCUAAUGGCUGUGUAAAAUAGAUAUUUGGAGAGGUUUCCAACAUGAGGUCUAGCGGGUAGGACCGUAUUACCCAAGUAUCGAAAUAGCGCAAGAGCGUGUUUCCACUCUGAUUCCAAGCACUCGGCAACUGCCAUCCUCACCUUGUCAUUAUUAGCGGUUGGUCUCAAGUCUCCCUCGAUUCGUC